CCGGUCUCCCCCGGGUAUUUGCCCACCCGUCCGAGCCGCCAUAGCCUGCCAACAACAACUGCUGCCCCUCCCCCUCCCCGGGCCCGACGACCCCCGUUCCACACCCGCCACCUCAGCUCACUAUGUAGACUGUGGAACGGACUGGACCGACCACUGGAUUCCUUAGUAUGGAAAAGCGGUUGCACAACAGGAUCGCCGCCAGUUUUCACCAGGAGAUAGCCGUGGAGAUGCAACACCACCAACAGCAACCACUCAUGGAUGGCGAAUCCCCUCGGCAGUCGGAGCAAAGUCCGAACUAAGCUACAUUCCGUCAUGGUUGCCCGUCAGUUCAGGGAUCCGCGUGCCCUUUUGUUGAAGAAGAAGCCAUCAUGAAAUUGUUCUUUUUUUGGGGCUCGCUUUGUUAGGGGUCGCCGACUCGCGGUGCUAUCCGUAACGUGCCCCCCCAAGACUACCUACCUCCCAUGUAGAUCGGCCAUCCUACGCAUCAUCUGCGGCGUUGGAAUUUUCUCUCAUUCGAACACUGUAGGAUUCUACCGCACCGUGGACUGGCUGGAAAAGACACAGGAGCAAAACCACCGGAAAAAAAAAUAAAAGGAAAAAAAAAAGGGAAAAAAGGGAUACCUAAGCACUCUGCGACCUCAAGACCUCUGGACAUCAUCAAACGGACAGUAACACAACUUCACACCUCAUCACCCGAGUCACUACCGCGCACCAUUCACACACUCGCACUCACACUUUAACUGACCACGAACCCCGACUACACCCACUUACCGAUCCUGGACUCUGGCCCGACUGACAUCCCGUUGAUGAUGAUAUCCCAAUCCGGAACUCGACAGAUUUCCCGAACUUGACUAUGGCCAGGACACCCGAGCCCACACAGGGUGGUUCCUCUUCAUCAGACGAUCUCAAUUCGACUCUCACCAACUCAGGUUCACUGCGGCGUUUGUUACCAGUCGGGUUGGAAGAGGCUGCCUCACGAUCCAUAGCCCCCGCCAGAUCGACCGCCUCGGCCUCGCCCACUAGUACUUCUACCGAACACCUUACACUUACCAAAACCCAAGCUCGGUCCGCUGUCCCAACAGGUCGGUCAAAGAGACAAGCAACCACUGCCGCCUGUGGUGCAUGUCGGAGGCGCAAGUCCAAGUGCAAUGGCACGCGCCCAAGAUGCUCUGCCUGUCAUGACCGCGGCACUGACUGUGAAUAUGACACCAAUGUGGCCGAGACCCAUGCUCAAGCUCUCAAGCGCAAGUAUGAUGAACUCCAAAACUCAAAAUCGGCUGCCGAGAAAGUCUUUGAAAUCCUCCAGACGAGGGACGAAAAGGAGGCUGAGGAGGUCUUCCAGCGCAUCCGGAGAGGCGCCGAUCCCGCCGCCAUUCUGCGCCAUAUAACCUUCGGUAAUGCUCUCAUUGAGCUUGCCUUGGGCCCCGAGACAGGAUAUCGAUACGAGUUUCCCUACUUGCCUGACAUGCCUGCCUUCUUGCAGCGUCACGACAACGUCUAUCUCGAUUCCGAAGUUUAUGCCUGCGUUUUACGGCGGUCUGCCCCCGGUAUUCCUGCUGUAAAUGCCCAGCACCGCCAGCGUCUGACACAUCCAUCUCUUUCCGGCUCCCAGCAACAACCUUAUUGUACGGUCUCGACCGCAGGUCGAAGCAUUAACCCCUAUUUGGCCCACGGGCCUGCCGUUGACUUACACAGCGAUCCAUAUCAUAAGCCAUACCACUCCGCCACUGUGGAAAAUUCACGAUUAGAGAAAAUGCAGCCAUCCCAGUGGACCUCAGUGAGCACUGAUGAUGCCCUCUUGCGAAAGUUUCUUCAUGACUACAUAAUGUACGACUAUGGCUGGAAUUACUUCCUUCAUCUUGAUUACUUUCUUGAUGACAUGGCGAACGGCCGUCAUCGCUUUUGCUCCAGACUCCUCGUCAAUGCAGUUCUCUGCAUAGGAUCAUACCACCACCGUGGGCUCCAAGGUCGGGCAGAGUACUGGAAUCCCGCAAAUAUCGUUUACUUGUUCUUGGCAGAAGCCAAGAGGCUUUUUGAGAUCGACUCGGAACUCGAAAGACCUGUACCCUCAUCAAAUGAUCCAAAUGGAGAGCGAAGACUGAGGGAAUGGGAAGAACGGCGGUUAACCACCAUACAAGCCGGGCUUCUCCUAAACGUUCUCUAUCUUUUUAACGGUUCCGAUAAGAUCGGGUGGCGCUAUUCUCUUCGUGCGAUCGAGAUGGCCCAUGAAAUCAACCUUUUCGGGCCUGCACAACCUGAAAUGGACCGGGAGAUGCGGGAUGUUAGAGAGUUCACGGCUUGGGUAGUGUUUACAUGGCAGAGUGUAAACUCAUAUCACUACUUCAGGACUCCCAUAAUGAGGCAUCCGCCUCAGGUGCCCCUACCGGAUCCCAUCGAGAAUCCGCAGUGGUACGGUGAGAUUUGGGUAAAAUACCCCGCAAGCCAAACACGGUUUCCUACACAUUUGGGAUUCUUAUUCAAGGCGAAAGCUGAACUUUGGACUAUCAUGAACGACUUCUCCCUCCUUUCCUUUCGGGAUCAUGGUCUCCCUUUGAAUUUGUCAAUCCCUCAAGUCCUCGGAUUCUACAACAGGCUGGUUGACUGGCUGCACAAACUACCUGAACCUCUUUCCCCGCGAAAAAUUGUGACGCCUCACCAAAUCAAGCUGCACAUGCACUUCUACUUCAUCCUCAUCAACAUACUAAGACCCAUAGUUACGUCUGAAUGGAGGAACGGUACGCUGUCGGGUAAGACGAUCCCGCCCUAUACGCCACACGACGCUUACAUAAAUGCUACCGUUCGAUUCGAAACACUUAUUCGCAUUUAUUACCUUCGCCACGGGUUCGAAGCCUUGGACAGCUUCUUGAUGCAGUUCCUGGGCGCCCUCGCCUACAUGACGAUUGAUGCGAUCGCCCAAAACCCAGCGGCGCCCCAUGUUGAGACGCUCCGGUCAACGGUCCUUCUCGCAACAAAGGGGAUGUGGGAGCAAGCCCAGAGUGUCUACGUUGCCCGAGCGGUAUUACGUGUACUGACGAGUGCGAUGAGACCUGAAGACGUGCAACUGCUCAAAAAGUUCGCUAACGUCGAGGCCGACACGGAUAUACACUCUGCUCCUCUGGAGCAACCUAUUCAAUCGGAUUGGCCUACAUUUGUCGUUCGACUUGAUCAGAAUCCCGACACAGUGAGACUGGGCAAGACACUUAGCAGCAAGUUGGAGCGGCUGUCCCUAGAUCUCACCACUUCGUCUCCUCCAGUGGAGUCCACACCACGGCCACGAAAUUGGUCGGUCAUUUUGUGAAGAAAAAAAAAAUCAUUAUUGAAGAUAGACAACAGUACACGAAGUUGCCUACCACGCAAACCAGAAAUAUCAAAGAAAAUAUUCCAAACAUUGCGAAGCCCGCCCCAUUUGGCCAACUGAUCUGAUCGCUCAGUGUCUGAGGGAACCGGGGUAGCUCAAGGUAGCUGAAGCCUACCUUGGAGAAGCUUCAAACCCCUCUCUGUGAUACGAACCAAGCCCCAGUCGGGCAUUUCUUGGCCUAAGGCUGGCAAAUAGGGAAGUGCUUCUUGAACGAUAGGAAGGGGCUGUGACCUCGCAUGUCUCAACGGGUGUAGUAUCAUAACUGUUCAACAACAUGCUCCAUGGGGAUAACACCCCGCCAAGAUUUUCAGCAAGGCCGUGGCUCUGUAACAUUCGAAGCAGGACUCCACGUCAGUAUGGUACUGAUCCCAAAGCAACAAGUUGUGUUUCUGGGGUAUCUGUGGUGAUACCUAUGGAUCAAUUGUGAGGCCCGCAGUCUGACCUUGGCGUGUAUCAUAUCACUUGAACAUCAGGCUUCGGCGACACAAACCAUCCGGCGUCCACUGUGAGUACCUCUUCUGGCGUCUUGAGUGUUCAUUAGACCUACGAAAGAUCACAUAUAGUUUAUGAAAUACGGAACGCAGUGGUGGGACACCAUCUCCCGGGUUGGCAUCACCUCACAACCGUCUAUACUUGAGCUAUCAAACAGUGCAACCGUCGUUCCGCUCAUAGAA